AUGAUCGCUCUUCUCAAGGAACUUGCACCGGAGGUCUUCAACAUUGAUACGAGACAUGGAAAGUUUAAGUGCAGCAUCUCUUAUGUUCGCCGUUUUGUACAAGUCCAGCUUCAAAGGUCAAUUUGGAAGGCGACCCGUGCGGCACAGAAGAUUCCCAAGGACGCACCUGACCUCUGCCGAGCUUCCUUCUGCCGCCAAGCUCUUGCUAUUUGCGACCAUCAAAUUCCUGCAGCGUUACGAGUCAACAUUGACCAAGCACAGUGCGUGCUAAUGAACACUUGCGGUCGAACAUACGAGGUCAAGAACAGCAAGCAGGUAAUUUGCAUCGGGAAGGAGGAGAAGCGGGCGUUCACAAUAUUGGUUGGUGUCUCAGCGUCUGGAGUUGCUUUACCAUUCCAAGCGAUCUGGAAAGGAAAGAGCACUGGAUCUCUUCCUUCUCGCUCAGCGCCUCGCUAUGCAGAAGCUGAAAAGCUUGGCUUCUGA